AUGUCGACCGACAAUCGCCUGUUCUGUGUACUUCCAUUUUACUGGGCCGAUGUACAAUCAGUGGCUAAAGGAAAAGCUGCAUCUACUCAAGGUUGCCGUCGAAACUCGCUCAGUGAAGAAGCUGGACGUGAGCUGAUAGGUCUGAUAGUCUUCGUCGACGUCGAACAUCCAGCCCAUCGACCUAUCGACCCAGCGGCCGGUCCACGCCUGCAAUGUUACGUUUGCGCCCUUAUCCUCCGUAAAUGCGACUCGUACAGUAAUGUUGUGGCCUUUAGUGCAGCCUUACCACUUCUCAGCCUGAAAGUGCAGCCAGUGGCCACCCGUUUAACACGAGUGCGCUUUCGUCAGCCGCCUUCGCAGGGGGCAGUCCUCCUACAGUCGCGCCUCGGGCUCUUAGAUCCAGAGUAUAAUGGCGACGGCUGCUUUGAAUGUCUGCGGUUCACCGUCGUCUACUUCUCGGAAACACCCUGCACAACUAUUCAAGACUUGCCACUGCAAACUCCUUGA